UCAAUAAUAUUCAUUAUAUUAAUUUCUAAAUUCAUAACGUUUACAGAGUAGUAACAGCGUGUGCGUGUAUUAGCAUGGAUUAAGCUACCAACGAAUCCGUCACAAGUCUAGUCCGUGACCCUCAGACAUCACGGUGAUUAUAAAAUGUAAGUCCGUUAUGUAAACAAGUUAAAAAAUUCUUUCAGACAACACGUUCUAGUGUAGUAGUGUUCGAUUUAAUUGCGCGCCGUUCGAAGUAUAACGAUUAGUAGAUAAUAAUGUGAUGGUUAGAAUCGAAAGACCGCAUUUAUUGCAUCAACUAUGAACUAACACAGCUAAAAAGUUACGACAAGGAACAAAUGAAUUAGUGCCGUCAACAAACCGUCGAGUGUCAACAGUGUUGCGAGUGCGGUAUCAGCACGAAAUGAUAACAUUAUUGUUAUAACUUAUAAGCUAAAAUUACCGUCUUGAUGCACAGAUGACGAGCUAACAGUCACAUUUAACUAGUGGUUAAUGCUAUGCACCAGUAAUUUAUUGAUUUUGGAUAGUUCUUAGCUGUGUAUAGUUAAAAUAAUAAAUGUACACAUUUAUUUGUAGUUAACAUAAAAAGGAUAAUAUUGUGCAAUAGUAUUAGAAGAGUUCAAUCUGUGCUAAUAAAUACUAAUUUUUUUUCAAAAAGAAAUUUGUUCCUAUCAGUGUAUAAUUAUCAAAAUAAAAUGGAAAAGUUUAAGUUAGCAUCAAGAUACGAAUCUGGCCAAUUUAACGUUUGGAUUGAAUACAAUAAUUUGGCUAUGAUUACUAAGCCUUUGAAUUUAGGUCAAGGAUUUCCAGAUUAUGAACCACCAUCACGUUUUUCUAAUUUUUUAGCUGAAGUGGCCUCGGAAAAGAAUUUAUACUCUCAUCAAUAUACUCGUGGUUUGGGUCAUAUACGUUUGGUGAAAGCAUUGUCCAAAUUAUAUUCAAGCUUAAUUAACCGGGAAAUUGAUCCACUUAAUGAAAUAUUGAUUACAGUUGGAGCAUAUGAAGCACUUUUUUGUACUAUACAGAGUACUAUUGAGGUGGGAGAUGAAGCAAUUAUUAUUGAACCAUUUUUUGAUUGCUAUGAACCAUUAGUACGUAUCGCUGGAGGAACUCCCAGAUUCAUAGCUUUAAAGAAUACUAAGCCUAACAGUUCAGUAUCACAUUCGAGUGAUUGGAAACUUGACCCAGAAGAACUAGCAUCAUUAUUCAACUCUAAAACUAAGCUUAUCAUUGUUAACACACCGCAUAAUCCAUUGGGAAAAGUAUUUGAUUAUGACGAGUUAACAAUGAUUGCAGAUUUGGCCAAAAAACAUAAUGUACUAGUUAUAUCUGACGAGGUAUAUGAGUGGAUGGUGUACGAACCAGCUAAGCACAUAAGAAUGGCUACACUUCCUGAUAUGUGGGAAAGAACAAUUACGAUUGGAUCUGCUGGAAAAACAUUUAGUUUGACUGGUUGGAAACUUGGAUGGGCAUAUGGUCCGGCUAAUCUUAUAAAAAAUCUUGUUGUUGUUCAUCAGACUGCAAUUUAUACAUGUGCAACACCAGUUCAGGAAGCUACUGCAAGAGGAUUUGAGCAUGAAAUCAGUGCUCUUGAUACACCAGAAAGUUAUUUUCAAAAUCUAUGUAAAGAGUUAAGACCAAAAAUGCUUUUUCUGUCCAAUGUGUUAAAAGAAACUGGAUUCAAACCUAUUAUACCUGAUGGUGGAUACUUUAUAAUUUCAAAUUGGACAUCACUUGAAAAUAAAAUAGAUUUAAGCCUGGAAACUGAUAAGUACAAGGAUUUACAGUUUACAAAAUGGCUUUCCAAAAACGUCAAACUUCAAAGUAUACCAUUUUCAAUCUUUUUUUCCGAAAACAGUAAACCAUCGGCUGAAAACUAUAUGCGUCUUUGUUUCUUCAAAAAAGAUGAAACUUUAAAGGAAGCUGAAAAAAUUUUAACUACAUGGACAAGCAAAUUAUCCUAAAAGCCUGAAAGCUCACUUAGUUUUAAAAUUGUUGUUGCAAUGGUUAAUCAUUUUUAAUAGAAUGAUUAUUCUCGCAUAAAUUAUAUUUUUUACAUUUUAUAAAUGUCAGUUUAUGAAAUCUAUUAUAUUAAUCUAUUAUAUACCUUAUAAAUGAAUAUCUAUUAUUAUAAGUUAAUCAUAAUUAAUAAUUAUACAACACAUAUAUUUCAAAGUUUUCAUGAUAAAUUUUAUCGUUAAUAAUAUGUUGUAUGAAAAAAAAAUAAAAGUAAAUAGAUUUAA